GGUGUGUUGCGGUGAAGCGUGGUGCAGGUGGUCGUGUAGGAGAGCUCUUUUGGGACUGGUGUGACGCAUGAGAAGCGGCAAAGCCAAGAGAAGCUGAAUACUCAGCCACGGCGCGGUUCCCUAUCCGACUCCACUGCCCUCAAAAUCAGGUGUUUCAGGAGGAGCUGCGGAAUGCUUCGCUGCGCCGCCGUCUGGCUCGUGGUGAGCGCUGUGAUGGACCUGGCCUCAGGGACCGCGGACACUCCAAACUGGGAAGAGAUCUUCAGGAAUCGCAAUGACGAAGACUGGGCGCGUGUGUGGCACGUGGAGCGUCACCGCCGCUGCUACCACCAGCUCGUCUCGCACAUGAACCUCGUGUGCCGGGAGGACAUCUACAAGCUGAACAGGCGCAGGAGAGACGUGGCGGCGGACAAGGACCCAGAGAUGACGGACCUGUUCCUGAAGCCGGAGGCGGCGCUGGGCGUCCUGACCGGAAAGUUGUCGAAGCGGAGAGCGACGCAGCACAACAUCCGCACCAGGAGCAUUAUUGACGAGUGCUGCGACACCGAAGUCGGCUGCAGCUGGGAAGAGUACGCCGAAUACUGCCCCGCCAACCGCAGGAUGCGGAACCGGAGGCGAUGAGAGCACACAUCUCGGCCGUUAUCAUUCUAACCGUUAAAUACGUCCUCAUAUGUACAUAGUAGGACGAAUGGGGUAUCGACCAGAAACUAAACUAGGAAGAAACGCUUACCUACAAUCUGACGGUUGUCGUUUCGUCUGCAGUACAGUUGGGUUAAUGCCUCGAAAGAUGUCAGAUCGCGGGGUUCUGAAAACAGUACUGUGUUGAAAGUAUAGUGAGAAUUUUUGGAUAUGGGGGCAAGAUAUAUGUAUUCCGGACCAGGACGUAUAUAGGCCCCUAUACAAAAUGAAGUUUUUGCUUGCUUGCUUGUAGUACAGGAAAUAAAAUGGAAGAAAUUA